AUGUCAUCAUCAGACAUCUUUGAUGUACUAAACAUUAAGCAAAAAUCCAGAAGUCCAACUAAUGGCCAGGUAUCAGUGCCUUCGUCCUCGGCAGCCAACCGGCCCAAGCCUCAAGUGACGGGCAUGCAAAGAGAACUAUUUAACCUGCUAGGAGAGAACCAACCCCCCGUUGUUAUUAAGUCUGGAAAUAACUUUAAAGAAAAAAUGCUUUCGACGUCCAAGCCAUCUCCUUGGUCAUUUGUAGAGUUCAAAGCUAAUAACUCUGUGACUCUGCGUCAUUGGGUCAAGGGUUCCAAAGAAUUAAUAGGAGACACACCAAAAGAAUCGCCAUAUUCUAAGUUCAAUCAGCAUUUAUCUAUUCCAUCAUUCACCAAGGAGGAGUACGAGGCUUUUAUGAAUGAAAACGAAGGAACUCAAAAAAGCGUAGAAAGUGAAAAAAACCAUAACGAAAACUUUACUAAUGAAAAGAAGGAUGAAAGUAAAAAUAGCUGGUCUUUUGAAGAAAUAGAAUACCUGUUCAAUCUCUGCAAAAAAUACGAUUUACGUUGGUUCCUGAUCUUUGACAGAUACAGUUAUAAUAAUUCAAGAACACUUGAAGAUCUCAAAGAAAAAUUUUAUUACACCUGUAGGAAUUAUUUUAAAGCAAGUGAUCCUAGCAAUCCGCUUUUAUCUUCUUUGAAUUUUUCAGCUGAAAAGGAGAUAGAGAGAAAAAAGUAUUUACAGCGUCUUCUUUCUCGUUCUGCAGCAGAAAUUGCUGAAGAAGAGGCACUCGUAGUAGAGUCCAAAAAAUUUGAAAUGGCUGCCAAGAGAACACUUGCAGAAAGAGAAUCAUUACUCCGACUGUUGGACUCGCCACAUUCAGAUCAGACAAUUACACAAUACCUUACCUCUCAGGGAAUGUCUCAGUUAUAUAACGCGCUUCUAGCAGAUAAAACUAGAAAGCGGAAGCACGAUUUGAACAUCCCUGAAAAUCCUUGGAUGAAGCAGCAACAGCAGUUUGCCCAACAUAGGCAACUUCAACAACUGAAUGUAAAAAAGUCAGAAGUCAAGGAAAAUCUCUCCCCCAAGAAAACCAAAAGACAAAGACAGGAAAUGCAAACGGCGCUCAAAAGAAAGUCAGAAAGCGCAUAUGCAGAACAAUUGCUGAAAGAUUUCAAUUCAGAUGAAAGGAAGGCUUUAGGUGUGAUUACGCAUGGUGAGAAGCUAUCGCCGGGUGUAUACUUAAGAUCUACAAAAUUAUCGACCUUCAAACCUGCGCUGCAGAACAAAAUUCUCGCCAUUCUUCAAGAAUUAUCGUUACCUUCUCGCCCUGUGAUGCCCUCAUUUGAUGUAAUGGAAAGACAAGAGGAGCUUUUGAAAAAAAUCAAUACGCUUAUCGAUUUAAAAAAACACGUUGACAAAUACGAAGCUGGUAUGUCAAUCACCAAGUGA